AUUCUGAGCCAAAUAGUAGUUGUACUUGUUUCCGUCAACUCUGGUAAUGUGAAAGAAAAGUGAGAAAAAAAUGAUUAAUAGGCAAAUUGAUUUUCAGGUAUCCGUGGACCUUGUACAGUGCACAUUUUGACCGAUAGCGAAAGGUGAAAAUAUUGACGGAACUCAAGUGAAACACCAAUCGCUCUAGACGGAGCAUUUUCAUUGUUACAAAGGAACACUGGAAACUUCGCUGUUCAUCUAUCCAAAACACACCCAUACAAACCUUACAGAAUAAACGACGAAAUGGACCUCAGCGAACAGAUCAACCAGUUGGAGACAGACCUACAGGAGAUCGCCAGUCUUCUGGAGAAGUCUGAGAGAACACGUGUUCAGGAUGUCCUGAAAUUGGAACAGAAGAAGAUUGAGAAGGAGAUUUCAGUGAAGCGACAUCAGAAAGAGCAGCAGGCAAAAAGGGAGGCAGAUCCAACCUCUGCCUCAAAAGCAUACACAGUCAAAAUAAACAACUAUGGGUGGGACCAAUCAGAAAAAUUUGUCAAAAUCUACAUCACCCUCAAUGGCGUACACAAGAUUGCACCAGAAAAUGUGAAGGUCACUUUCACAGAGAGGUCUUUCGUUCUACUUGUGAACGAUUUGGAUGGGAAGAACCAUCAAAUGACGAUCAACAAUCUUCUUAAUCCUGUUGAUGUUCAGGGCAGCUCUAAAAAGAUUAAAACGGAUAUGGUCCUGGUAAUGUGUAAGAAGAAGACUACCAAGAAGUGGGAAUGCUUAACCCAGGUGCAGAAACAGACCAAAGAAAAAGAUAAGCCCAGUGUAAACCCAGAUGAGAAUGCUGAUCCUAGCGAUGGACUAAUGAGCAUGCUGAAAAAGAUGUACUCUGAUGGGGACGAUGAGAUGAAGCGCACCAUCAACAAGGCCUGGUCUGAGUCCCAGGACAAGAAAGCCAAAGGAGAUGGAGACAUUAGCAACAUGGGCAUGUUUUGAACCUGAUCCACCCCCUCUAAAUCAUGUGUCAAACUCAUUACACCUAGAGCCGAGUGUCUGCAUGUUUUCACUCCUCCCUUGUACUUAAUUCAUGAAUUAAGAUCACAAAUUAUUAAAUAGCUCCCCUCACCUGGUUGUCUAGGUCUUAAUUGUAAGCAAAAACCUGCUGACAGCGUUUCCCAAACUCUGUCCUCAGCUCAUUCAAAUUAUCUAAACUUGGUGAUUAUUUGAAUCAGCUGUGUAGUGCUAGGGCAAAAACCUAAACGUUCCCCCCUUGGGAUCCCAGGGACUGAGUUUGGAAAACUCUGCACUAGGCCCUCCAUUGAAUGAGUUUGACACCACUGCUCUAAAUCUACCAACCUUCCAGUCCUUCAUUAGUUUUUUUUAUUUUUGUACAUUGAUUUUGCAUUCCAAUGCCCUCUUAAAAGACCUUAAACUGGUUGAAAAUGAAAGUUUGCAGUACUGUUAAUCCUCAAAUCAUUCAAACGGUGAUAACUGUGUUAAAAUCCCACUUCAUUAGGAAGAUCACAAAGUAUAUUUGUGAAGGUAAAAUUGCAUUCAUGUAUGUAUUCAUUCAUGCAUUUCAGAAUAAAAUGUAAAAGUUAUUCACUCUAAA